AUGCUCAAGGUGUCCCCAUGGAAAGGGGUUAUCCGGUUCAGAAAGAAAGGGAAGUUGAGCCCAAGAUUUAUCAGGCCAUUUACGAUUGUUGAACGAGUAGGAAAGGUAGCUUACCGUCUUGAGCUACCGGAAGAAUUAAGCGGAAUUCAUAGCACUUUUCAUGUGUCACAUCUUCGGAAAUGUCUAGCAGAUGAGACGACUUAUGUCCACUACGAUGAUAUUGAGGUGGAUGACAGAUUAAACUAUGUGGUAAGACCUAUUGCGAUUUUAGAUCGCAAGGUGAAAACCUUAAGAAAUAAAGAGAUCAAUCAAGUAAGAGUCAAAUGGGAACACAAGAAGGGUGCUGAUACCACAUGGGAAUCCGAAGAAGAAAUGCAACGGCUAUACCCUACUUUAUUUGGUAUGUAA